AUGAAAACCCUAUUAAUCUCUUUCAACCAACGUAAACAUUCAUUUAACGCGAAGUGGAACCUUGAUCUCCAUGGGUUUCUCACUCGUGAUGAGUUGGAAGGGCGGGUCAAGGAAAUUAAUACUCGGAUCCGCGACUAUCCGCUAUUAAAUGUGAGAUUAGCGCGAAUUGUGAUGUAUUGCUCAAUCGUGGUUAUGCUGUUACUCAGUAUUGUAUUCGCUUCGAAAAGUAUAUUUCUUUUUGGCGUAUGUUUCAUACUCUCUCUUAUCGGAUGUUUUGGGGGCGGAUAUUAUAUUGAUGGCUUAGCAAAACGUCGCGCCAAAAUUUUUACUGAUGCCGUGAGAAAUUUGUUCAAUGAAUACAACAAUCGAGACAACCCAACCGCCAACUGGAGUAUUGAGUGGUGCACCACCAUCACCGCGUACAAAGCAAAGAAGGGGUCGAUCAAGCCGAGAUUUGCCGAUUACGUUGUGAUAGAGCUCGAUAUAUCGGAUGCGCUAUCUACCCUUACGGCCAAUACCGUUUACGUGAACCUUCCUAUUUCAAAUACAAAACAACAAGCAUUCACUCCGCACAUGGCUGUAGAAUUUGCUCCAUGUCAAGAAGCGCCAUCGGAAGCUUCAAAAGCUCCAAAAGCUCCAACGAAUUUAAUAAUUGAAUCUAUUGGAACUAUAACAAAACAACCUUCUUCUGUAACCGUACCGGAAAACCUUACUGUACCAACCA